AUGAGUGUCAACAGAAUCAUUCUCAUAUCUGUUUCUCAUCUCAUCUUUGAUGCUCUUGGAGAAUUUGAGAAGAUUCACUUUUAUUCUUUCUUUUUCCCCCCUCUUGUUUUUAUAUUGCAGCUGCAAGAUUUACACUACAUGGUUGAACAUUUCUGGGAUUCUCAGUCAGCUCUUAGUGCUUGGGAUGAUCUGUAUGAUUUGGUCAUGGUUAGGUGGAAUAAGUGGCAAGAAUGGUCUCCCUGGAACACAAUUCUCCUCAAAGAGGAUGAAGCUGAAGCUCAUCUUAAACUAAGUGAUCUUGAGAAGGCUUAUGAAAAGGUGUUCAUUCACAGAGUAAGGCACAAACAAAUGCUUGCAAGGAACUAUUUUUCUCAGUUCCCAGAGCUGGCAGCUACUCUUCAUAAAAGUGACAAGCAAACUAAUACAGAAGAACUUUCAGUAAUGAAGUCUGUAACAACUGCUUCAUCAAAGUAACACUUAAAGAGAAGUUUAGAACAGUUCUCUUAAAAGAAGAGAACAUUGCUUGGAAAAUUGGCCUGAUCAUGAUCUUAAAGAAUGUUUGUUUGCAUGCCCUGGAUUUUUCUUUAAAUUGCAUUACCAAAACUUCAACUUAGAACUUCAUUUCCAAUUCAUUAUUGUUACACUGCACUUGCUUCCUUCUUGUAUACCUCUGGUAUACAAUAUGCUUUUGGAAGAAUAUAUUGUCCGCUCCCCUUUACUCAAAAAUGAGUAAAUCCUUUUUAAAGUAAGAAUAUUUUGACAGCCUAGGCAAGUCUUAAGUAACAACUUUAAAAGACAAUUUUAAAAUAGAAAGCAGCUGUUUUCUUGUCAAGAAUGUCUGCAUAUGAGACUUGGUAUAUAUUAAAGACCUUGAUUUCUUAAAGAGAUGCUACUUUGAUACAAAAUAAGAUAAAGUAUAUGUGUCUGUG